UUUCUCACGCUUAUCUUGAUCCUCAUCCGCGUCGAACAGCUUUUGAAAAAAAGAUCCCACCGCUCAGCUCGCGAAAAAUCCUGCACUCCUAUCCCCAGCCGACCUCCCCUGAGAUUUUUCCUUCACGCACCGCCUCUGAUUCCUUUAAUUACGCGCUAUCCUUCUUCUCCACAGCGCCGCAGCUCCCAGCUUCUCCCUCGGCUCGCCCAAGCUCCUUCUUCCUCCUCCAACUCGGCGCCUCGAUCUCUCUCCUCCCUCCACCUCUCUCCAGCCGCGCGUCUCCCUGCUCUCUGCGUUCUUCUUCCUCCCUGGCUCCUACUCACCCAACGACGCCGUCGGCCGGAUCUCCUCUGCUCUCUCUGCUCGCCCUGGCCCGCCGUGCUCUGCUCGUCACGGCCGCGUGAGCGGCGAGCUCUCUGCCGCGGCUUCCUUCCUCUUCCGCUCCAGCCUUCUCCUUUCUCUCUUCUCUAGCCCUGUUCGGCCCCCAGCUUGGAUCUUCCUUCCGCUCGAUCGUCUGCCUCUCGCGCUCGGCUCCCUGGAGUGGAUUUCCUCGCCGUGGAGCUCAACUUGAGUAUUGUCCGCCGGCCAACUCCCGCUCGUCUCCCUUAGCACCACCUCGAGCUCUCCUCCAAGUGCCGCGCCGCAGCCAAGCUCCCUCUCCCAUGGCUGACCGUCGGGUGCCCCUGCUGCGCGCCCUUCUUCCCUGUCCCCAGAUGGCCGCCCUGCUCGAGUUCGUCCUGGUGGCCGUUGACUAGGAGCAGACUCGGUCGCGCCUCUGCUCUCUCUGCCGCGCCCCUGGCUCAGUGGCUCUAACCUCCCUGUGAACGACGCUGGUAUUCAGGAUGGCAUGGGUAAAGCUACUCAAGGGGGCGCGGGAGAAUCACCAGCAGGAGGCGAGGGCGACGCUGUUCCAGCAGCUCAGGCGCGGCCUGCGGACCACAAGGCCCAACAAGAGGAGGUGCACAGGCCUUGAGUGGGUGAAUUAGGUCUAUGACUAUGUAUCGUGGCUCCACUAUAUAUGGGUUGUUCGUAGACAGAGAGAGGGCGUUUUUUGGCUGUAAGAACUCAGGCGGCGGCGGCGAUCCGAGGUGAUCGUCUUCCGAAUCGGACCGUACUUUCCACACCACCAUAAUCAAGCGUGUGUUCCGUCUUAAUCCUAUGUGAGUGUUGUUGUGUUGUUUGAAUGCUAACAUUUGGUAUCAGAGCCAAGCGGGAUCCACCACCGCACGACCACCUUACCAGAUUUCAAGUGAACGCUGGGGCCAUGGCGCCGCAAUGGAACGAAGAGCAAGUGGCGCAGUUGUUGGCGAGGAUUGAAGAGGGAAAUCAAGAGAAGUGGCGGAUGAUGGACACGAUGCAAGCGACGAUCGAGAACAUGGAGUCCUCGGUGAAAAGUGUAUUGUCUGAACAAGGCGAUCUGCAGAAGUGGCGCUCGGAAGAGGAGGCGAACGUCUCUAAAGUCGUGGAGGCGGUGAAGGCGAUACAGAGCAAGGUUGAUCAAGCGAUUCUAAAGAAGGCGGUGAUCCUCCCGACCAACGAGUCACUGGGAGUGGAUGGUGUGUCGGCUUCCACCCACCAGGAAGCGAUUCUGUCUGAGACGAAGCACGAGCAAAUAUGCUACCGCACCGUUGAUCCUUACUGGAGGCCGGGUGCCAGAACGGAUUCAGUCCGGACACCUCCUCCGGUCGGAGGUAUUGUGCCCACCCACAACUCGUUUUCGCCACAAUUUGGUUCCGGGGCGACCAGUAGAGCGUCGAUGGGAAAUUGGUCUCAGACAUCAAGAGUUAUGGUGCCUAGUAUGAGUUCCCCUAUUUUUGUUGGAUCAAAUCCAAAGCGGUGGAGUCAUAGAUUUGUAGAUGGCUUUAAGGAUGAGAUUAAGUCAGCAGAUAUUGUUCAACAUUUUCCCCACUUGGAUACUACUUGCUCUCUCACUAUGUCACAGGAGGAUAUGGUGAAUCAGUUUGAACGCCGAGAUUCACAACGUGUGGGGCCUGGAGGGGGUACAAGGCUUCCUCAGAAACCAGGAACAUCGCCCAGUCCUUUGUUGCUGCAUGUAUCAGGAGGGAUGGGUAAUAUGACUGAAGACCGUCGAAGCAUGGCUAGAAAUCAGGCCAGAGUUGAGGAGAACAAACUCACGGCCUUGAAGGCCUAUCGACGUACCAAGGGGUUGUGUUUUAAGUGUUGGGAAUGUUGGAGUCAAACAUAUAAAUGCUCUAACUGUGUUCCUCUGCACCUGGGAGAGGAGGUUUGGGUCAAGGAACUGGCAGGUGAACCUAGAGAAUGCAUCGAAGAGUUUACUGAUUUAACUGACAGGCAGGGAGAUGAGAGUCUGUUGGCUAUCCCAAUGGUUGCUGUGAGUGGCAGUAAAGGAAACAAGACCAUUUGGUUAUGGGUUUCCAUUCAUUGCCAACAAGUAUUAGUCCUGGUUGAUUCUCGAAGUCCAGUCAGCUUCAUGAAUAGCUACGUGAUGAAGAACAUGCCUGGGGUGCGGACAUUGGCCAAAUCUGUCCAAGUCCGAGUUGCAUAUGGGGGCGAGAUGUGGAAUAACUGUAUAGUGCCAAGUUGCAGGUGGAUGUGUGGAGGGGUAACUUUCUAUACAAAUUUUCAGAUGCUGUCACUUGGAGGGUACAAUUUGAUCUUUGGAAUAGAUUGGUUAGAGGAUCACAAUCCCAUGUCAGUGCAUUGGGCCCAGAAGUGGAUGGAAUUUGACGAUCACAGCAAGAGGAUUUAUAUACCGAGAGGGUUGUCACAAAUUCAGUAUUGUUCCAGCAUCAACAACUUACAGUUGGAGGCCUUGCUGAGAAGGGACACAGUCAACCAAUUAUUGGAACUUCAGGUUGUAACUGAUGACAAGAUGUCUGAAGUGCCCAAGGUGAUCAUUGAUUUGAUUAGAAAAUUUGAACAUCUGUUCCACAAGCCCCAAGGUUUACCUCCAAAGAGAAGCGUUGAUUCCAGGUUAAAGCAUAUUGGGGAGGAGAUGUGGGCUAUGGCCGUGGCAGUUGAGGAUGACAAUACUAAUUCAGAUGAUAUGGAACCUACCAAAGACAGCACUGAAGAAAAUGUCUCAGCCAUAGAAGUUGCCGCUGUCAAAGACAGUGAGAGUAACAUGGCAAUCAGAUUCUGGGCUUCAGCCCAAGGACAGCAGGUCCUAACUCUGGUGAAUUCUGAUAGAUCAACCAAUUCUAUUAGCAGUCACCUGAAAGAUAGCUUGCACCAAGUGGAACUGAUGGACAAACCAAUACAGGUUCGGGCUCGGGUUGAUGAUGGAGGUAUCAUGUGGAGUGAGUAUAUAGUUCCAAACUGUAACUGGGAGUCUGGAGAAACCAAGUUUUAUUCUGAAUUCAAGGUGCUGCUACUUAAGGGAAUUACUUCUGACAUUGAGUGGGCUGGUGACGACCACCUCAUUUACAUUACAACGAAGAGUAUACUUCGGCCAGGCCUUCAAGCUUCCGAAAGCAAGAGAUAUUUAUUUGUUAAAUCUGGAAGCAAAAAUACAAGGUUUAUAUUCUACCUGGACAUAUUAAAACAAAACAAGGAACUUGCUGUUUUGACACCUUGUGUGUAUGGCGUUGAUACAACACCUAGUCAUUGUGGAAAUCAUUUCUUUAUGAAGAGACGGAGUGAUGAAUUGUAUAAUUCUGAAUUGGUUGCUUGUCCACUGGAUAAUGUUGCUGAGAUCACUUCUCCUGACCACUGCUCUAGCCCUGAGUUGCAGGACCUGUUGCAUACCCGACAACAGAUGUUACAACAGGUACAGAUGCAUUUGCAGAGAGCUCAAGUUCGGAUGAAACGCCAGGCUGGCAAAGGAAGGAUGGAACGGUCCUUCAGUGUGGGUGAUCGAGUGUAUGUGAAGCUCCAGCCAUACUGCCAGUCGUCAGCAGCCGAGAGAGUGAACCACAAACUGGCGUUUAAAUUCUUUGGCCCCUUAAGCAUGGUCAGGAAGGUUAACCCGGUAGCGUAUGAAGUCGCUUUACCUGAAGGAAGCAAUGUGCACCCUGUCUUUCACGUAUCUCAAUUGAAGUCAUUUGUUCCUGCAAAUGUUAUUUCCAGCUCGGUUUUACCAGCUCUGACUCUAGACUACCAGAUCCCUGAAGAGGUUAUGGACUCACGACUGCAACGAAGGGCAGGCAAGGAGGUAACUCAACUGCUGGUACGUUGGACUAGUUGGCCGCCAUCUCUGGCCAUCUGGGAAGAUGAGCACUGGAUCAAGGAGCAAUUUCCAAGGGCGCCAGCUUGGGGACAAGCUGUCUCUGAAGGAGGAGGAGAUGUGAACGACGCUGGUAUUCAGGAUGGCAUGGGUAAAGCUACUCAAGGGGGCGCGGGAGAAUCACCAGCAGGAGGCGAGGGCGACGCUGUUCCAGCAGCUCAGGCGCGGCCUGCGGACCACAAGGCCCAACAAGAGGAGGUGCACAGGCCUUGAGUGGGUGAAUUAGGCCUAUGACUAUGUAUCGUGGCUCCACUAUAUAUGGGUUGUUCGUAGACAGAGAGAGGGCGUUUUUUGGCUGUAAGAACUCAGGCGGCGGCGGCGAUCCGAGGUGAUCGUCUUCCGAAUCGGACCGUACUUUCCACACCACCAUAAUCAAGCGUGUGCUCCGUCUUAAUCCUA